AUUGGUGCAAGUUGCCGUCUCCGUGAAGUUGGGCGUAUCAAGUAACUCGAGCUCGCAAAAGCCAUACUAUCUCAUUCAACCCACCAAUCGGCCAAACACAAAGUCAUCUCUCUUGUCAGCCAUCCAAAUACUGUGCUUGAUCAAACGCCGCCGCUACUUCAGAUCUCGCAACUAGUCCCUCAUUGGUAGAUCAUGGUUAUGUUGCAUGUGGUUGCACAUAUCGAGCCAGUGCGCCCAACCUUUCUGGAACACAGGCUCCGCGGUCUACAAGGAGUCAGCAUACGUUACCAAACUGCAGGGUUGGCAGUCUGCAAUGAGUCAACAUAAGCCAUCAGACUGCAGGGUCGGCGGUCUGAAAAAUGUCAAUAUAAGUUUGCUUGACAUCGUCGAAUAUCCAGGCCCAGUUCCGGUUAAGUUAUUCAAGCUAUCCGAGCACCUUCCCAACCCGAAUAUGAACAUUAAUAGUUCAUAUCUCAUUCGCGGCCUAGCUAGACGGCCAGGUAGGGGUUCGGGUACCUUUGCUUUCAUGAGGAUUAGCUCGAAGGCGCUACGAUCCGCAGUGUCAUGGUGUUGUAUCAAGAUCUUAUCUGAUCGGUCUCCAACUUCAAACCGUUCGAUAAGUAGGUGUCUUCCGAGGUCAGGGCCACAGCGGUCAAGAUUGUCCAUUGUGCACGUCAAGUCAAUGCGUCGAGAAUGCGGCCUUCGAACUUAUUGUCAAUAUUACCCCAGUGUCAGCACAAUGGCGAGAACAUGCCGUUGCGACUUCAGUAACAGACAUCAUUUACAUAACGAUAAAAAUCCUUUGAAAACCAUUGGGCGCAUGUAGUUUUUCGCCACACAUUAGCGCCGAAUAGCCCACCAAGCUCUAUGUGCUAGUCAAUCUCGACGUCACCACUUGACACCCGUCACUCGUCGCAGGAGAUCAAUCGAUCACCUUUAAGACCGAUGUCGCCUAUACAUCGUCGCGGGAGCCUCAGGGGUACACUAGCCUCAUGUCGGAUCUCCGAGUCUUCCCUCUGGAGAAAACAAGGUGGUCCAUAUCCAAUUCUCAGGGGGCAGUUUGACAGACAAGAU